UGUGAGCUAGGAACGCCUGACUAUAUCAUUGUUUCGCCAUCCAAAUUCGAUGAAUACCAAAUUUCUGGCCAAUUUACCUGAUUAACUUUUUAACUAAACAAGGAAAUGGGGAAGGAAAAAGCUGGUGCACUUACACCAAAAGCCAUUGCUAAUAGAAUCAAAGCGAAAGGUCUUCAAAAACUUCGGUGGUUUUGUCAAAUGUGUCAAAAACAGUGUCGAGACGAGAAUGGCUUCAAGUGUCACACUAUGUCUGAGUCACACCAGAGGCAGCUGCUGUUGUUUGCUGAUAACCCAGAGAAGUUUGUGGAUACGUUUUCAAAGGAAUUUUGCGAUGACUUUCUCAAACUCCUGAAAAGAAGAAAUGGUACAAAAAGAGUUCAUGCCAACCAAGUAUAUCAGGAAUACAUCAGUGAUCGCCUACAUGUCCACAUGAAUUCUACUCAGUGGGAAACACUAUCUGAGUUUGUUAAGUGGCUUGGAAAAGAAGGGUUGUGUAAAGUUGAUCAAACUGAGAAAGGAUGGUUUGUUGCCUACAUUGAUAGAGAUCCAGAUACUAUUGAAAGGCAAGAGGCACUGAAAGCAAAAGAGAAAAUGGAACUAGAUGAUGCCGAAAAGCAAGCCAAGCUCUUGCAAAAGCAAAUUGACCGCGAGCUGGCAAGAAAGGGUAAAGAGACUGAAGUAGUUUACACAGAACUCCAAAAGAGCAGUGAAGAAGAAAAAGUGGCCUUUAACCUUGGGGAGGCUUUCAAGAAGCCAGAUGCUCCAGGACCAAGUGGCCUGUUUUCAGCAAGGCCAGUUUCUGAAAACCCUCUCCAGGCUCUGGCCAAGGAAAAGAGUAAAAAUGAAGAAAAGAAUAAAGACAGAGACAGUCGGAAGCGCAAGUCAGCUUUGGAGGAGAUAAUUGAGAUGGAAAAAGUAAAAAAGGAGAAAAUAAGCAAAAAGGAUUACUGGCUCAUUAAGGGUAUCAUCGUUAAGGUAAUCUACAAGAAGCUUGGUGAAAAAUACUACAAGAAAAAAGGAGUGGUGAAGGAUGUAGAGAAUCGUUAUGUUGGGAUAAUCAGGAUGCUCGACUCUGGAGACACCCUCAAGGUGGAUCAGGAACAUUUAGAGACCGUUAUACCUGCCAUCGGGAAGAGCGUGAUGGUUUUAAACGGGGCACACAGAGGGGCUACUGCUAAACUGCUGAGCCUGAACGAAAAGACUUUCUCGGUCUCCAUCCAGCUAAAAGAGCGACUUGGAGAUGUCUAAUCCCCCCUUGUGGUUUUGCCAGGGUCCUCAGCGUGGUCGAAAUAUUGACGGAGUUCCAUAUGAAGAUAUCAGUAAGCUUGAUGCUUAAGGUAUACGAGCCGUGGUCGAGAUAUUGACGGAGUUCCUUAUGCAGACAUCAGUAAGGUAGACUUGUAGGUAUACGCAGUUUCUUUGGAUGGGGUUGUUAAAGCAUCAUGCUCUAUUUGUAAUUUGAGUUACUCAAGUAUUUUAGUCCCUCCAACCUCUACUCUAUAGUCUCUCUAUUAUACCAAAAACCCGGUAACAAGCGCAGGUUGCCGGAUAGUAUUUUAAUAUUGCACUCCUCAGAACCAGCCCCAGAUUCGCCUUGUACUUGUUGGGUAUAUUCUAUAACCCAUAUCCCUAUACUAAAUCCGCAGUGGCUCAUGGUUAACGUGUUAAACGUAACGUGUUAAAUCCACGUUCUUUGCGGGGGCGGAUCUCGGGGUAGGCUGAGCGGCCCCCGCCCCCUAUUUUCAGAUAUUUGGCUUAGAAACGACAAGAAAUCCACGGAAGUACAAUAAAUCCGGCCCCCAUUUCUUGAAACCCUCGUUCGGUUGGUAGUAUAGAGGGACUUUUUAUUUUAAAUUUUGCAACAUUUUACAAUAGCCAUGAAUAUACACUGAUAGGAGUUGAAUCUCACCCCACGUUCGGUUAGUAGUACAGCGGGACUUUUUUAUUUUUUCAAGUGAUGUCCAGCCAACACAUGCACACAACCCUGCAAUCGAAGCUAAGACUAUCAGUGACUAUUUUUAUAUUUGCGUUAAGGCUUGUAACACGAGAUUGUCAUGCAUAGUAGUUCCUUGAUGUAAAUUUUGUACAUAGAUCAACAUAAAAAGUUAUGCGAUAGAAACGUUGUUUUACCUAUAAUUUCUUGUACAGAAACAACAGCGAAAAAUUAGUAAUAAAAUAUAUGAGUAAUAUGAA